GGACGCAUCGUAGAUGCCCCGGGACGACUGGGCGUUUGCUUCGAAUCGGCGCUUUCAUGGCUGGGCCAUCUCUUGGCUUGGCAAAAGAGGAUAAAGCCGCUCCGCCCGCGGCGUCGACGCAGCCCUCGGCACGAACGAAGCGGCAGCCCCAGCAAACGGGCUGCCCCGGCACCAGUCAUGGGGCUCCGCCUCCUCGCGGCAGCCCUCCUCACGGCCACAGCGCACGCGGCCUGCGAAGUAUGCAUGAAAUACCUGGACGAGACCUGGGCGAACCGCAGCAAGUACCCAUGCAAUCAAACGUGGGCGGAGGCGCAAGGUUACGAUGAUUGUUCUCCACAAACAUUAAGCUUUGAACAGGGAAUGUACCUCGAAAGGACGUGCUCGGAGAACGAGGAUUUGUGUCCGGAGCCCGCCGACCCCGAGCCGGCCUUUGAAUUGGGCGCGCGCCUGGCCCCGGACACGGUCAACAGCGGGCGGAACUGGGUCGACAAGCACACGUACGCGGACGCGAACCAGGUCAGCCGGACGCUCUGUUUUACCGGGGCCGGGAACUACGCGCGGCAGCAGGCGUACUGCGACCUGGAGUGCAAAGCGAACCAAAAAACGAGGAAAGCCGUCGCCAAGGCGUCUGGCAGGGACGACGACGGCUACAAUGAAGAUUGCCGGGGCCCGUGGUACUGCAGCAAGAUGGAGGUCUGCCACUUGUUCCACGACAAGACCGUGAACGACGAGGACAAGAGGGGCCCGAAGCGCAAGUGCAUGACGGUCCGGUCCUGCGCGAACCACUCGCAGUGCUUUCCUACUGAUUCGGACCAGGAGCGCAUGCGCAUCUCCUCGAACGCGUUCACGAUCCGACCACGGAAAGUCGAGGACGGCUACUCGGAGUCGAAAUCCGCGUUGGGGACCCAAAUUAGGGACCACGGCUUCACGAUGCAGUACGGCGGCAUGGAGCACACGACGCGGUGUUGUGUCAAUAGAAACAACUUCCGGCCGACGAUCGACACGCCGUGCAAUAGCGGUGUUCGCGCUCGCUUGAGUCUGUCCGUCGCUGUAGUCGCGCUCGCGUGGUGGAGGUAAUAUAUCUGUACUUA